AUGCAAGUAUUCGCCUCUCGUGGAGUCAUCGUGGCAGGUGGAGCCUUCAACUCGCCGCAUAUCCUGCAGCUCAGCGACAUCGGAAACAAAUCUCAUCUCGAGGCUCUCGGGAUCAAAGUUGUCGCGGACUUGCCGGGUGUAGGCCGGAACCUCCAGGAUAACCAAGAACUCCCCAUCGUGGGACACGCUCAGCUCAACCUUACGGCCAUCCCCAACCCCAACGAGCCGACAUGCGCAAAGGGAACGCCGGGAGACCCAUGCGAAGAGCUGUGGCGGCAAGGAAAGGGGCUGUACAUGCGACCCGGGUACAACUCGAACGCGCUUCUGCUCAAGUCGAACUACUCGCUCAACGGCGAACGGGACGUCUUUAUCUUCAGCUGGCCGAAUGCAUUCCGAGACUUCUGGCCGACGGUGAAGCAGCCGGACCUCGUCGACCCGCCUACCACAAUAGGCUUCUCAAUGGUGAAGAUGCACCCGCAAAACACGGCCGGGUGCGUCAAGGUCCAGUCUGCGGACUCGACAGAACCGCCCGAGAUCAACUUUGAGCUGUAUCAAGAGUGCGUCGAGACGGACCUUGGAGCAUUGGCUGAGACGGUGACAUGGGGCCGGCGGAGCAUGAGCAACGUCCAAGGUCCGUGGGGUCCGUUGGAGCCGGCGGAACCCCCGUGUUCACAGAUCAGGAGCGAUGGUCGGUGUGGCGACGCAGACACGGAGUCGGACAAGAAGUGGAUCCGGGAGCAGACGUUUGGGCAUCACCCGACUGGCACUUGCAAGAUCGGGACAGAGGGCAACCGCAUGGCUGUGCUGGAUUCGAAAUUUCGGGUGCUGGGGGCCAACGGACAGAGGGUGGUCGACGCGAGUGUGUUUCCGCGAGCUCCCGGGGCGUUUCCGGCCGUAGCAACUUUCAUCAUAAUUCAGAAGGCGUCGGACGUGAUUCUGGGAGAGGCAGGCGCGUCACGGCAGUGGUAA